GUGCGUAUAAAGCACAGAGGAAGAGAGAGAGAGAGAGACAGCGAAAAAGGAAAAUGGCGAAUUGUGUAUUGUUGUAACCUCUGUUUUAAAAAGCACGCAUUCUUCACUGCCCCCACCAUUUUCUCUCUAUAUCACUCUUUCUAUCUCUAUAAUAAUAUACAUUUACUUUUUAUCACUCACACAUGUUCUGUCUAUAACUUCCUUUCCCCUUGGAGAUUUUUAUUUAUAUGUAUAAUAAUAUAAAAUCAGAAUGAAUUAAGCAAGAAUUUUGAUUAUAGAUAUAGCAAUUGAUGUGUAUAUGUAUUGAGUAUUUGAAAAGUGAAGGCGGUUAGUGAUGGCAACUGAUACUGCAUUGUCGUUUUCGGUUGCUUCUGUUAUGGAAGAUGUUCUUCACCAACACGGUAAUUUACCUCGUGAUCUCGACUUGGAUUCUCGUCGAGCCGAAGAAGCUGCAACGAGAAGGUAUGAAGCUGCGGGUUGGCUAAGAAAAACGAUUGGAGUUGUUGGGGCAAGAGAAUUGCCUGCACAGCCUUCUGAGGAGGAAUUUAGGCUUGCUUUGAGAAGUGGACUGAUUCUGUGUUACGCGAUCAAUAAGGUUGAACCAGGAGCUGUGUCUAAGGUGGUUGAAAGUCCAUGUGAUUCGGGCGUUGUGCCUGAUGGAGCAGCUUUAUCCGUUUUCCAGUGUUUUGAAAAUGUCAGAAAUUUUUUGGUAGCUGUUGGGCAAAUGGGACUGCCUACCUUUGAGCCAUCUGAUUUGGAACAAGGAGGCAAGUCAUCAAGAAUUGUCAAUUGUGUUCUAGCGCUAAAAUCCUUUAGUGAGUGGAAACAAACAGGUGGUAACGGGGUUUGUAAGUUUGGUGGAAAUGUGAAACCGUUCACAUCUGGCAAGAACUUCCUACGCAAAAAUUCAGAACCGUUCAAAACCUCCUUACCGAGAAAUAUUUCGAUGAAUGAAUCACCAAUGAAUGCGCAGUUAAGCGAGGCUGAGAAUAACAAAAUGCCUAGUUCAUCCUUAAAUAAGCUUGUUCGUGAAGUUCUAUCAGAUAAGAAACCGGACGAAGUUCCCAUUCUCGUAGAAUCCGUGCUAAGUAAGGUCAUGGAAGAGUUUGAACAUCGCAUUGCUAAUCUUGAACUGAAAAAUGCAGCUGCUAAAGAUACCCCUACUGAAAACAGGACUCAUGUAAACCAAACUUUUGAUGAUAUGAAGAUGGAAGCCAAAAAAUUCACACCUUUAAAGAAAGAUCAGAACUUACAUAUGAACUCUAUCUCGGAUGAAGAAAAGAAAAGUAGACAUCUGAAAUAUCAAAUGGCUUUUGGUAUACAAGAAAGAGAUAUCAAGAAACUGAAACAAACUAUCUCUACCACAAAAGCUGGGAUGCAGUUCAUGCAAAUGAAAUUCCAUGAAGAAAUUCAGAAUCUCGGUCUGCACAUUCAUGGUCUCGCCAGUGCUGCUUCGGGAUAUCAUAGAGUUCUUGAGGAAAACCGAAAGCUAUAUAAUCAGGUCCAAGAUCUUAAAGGAAAUAUUAGAGUUUAUUGUCGGGUGAGACCCGGAAGAUUGGACUCCAAGAGUGUCGUGGAUAACAUCGAAGAAGGAACGAUUACCAUUGACGCCCCAGCAAAGUAUGGAAAAGGAUGCAGAUCAUUCUCUUUUAACAAAGUAUUUGGUCCCUCGGCAACCCAAGCGGAGGUUUUUGCAGAUACUCGACCUCUCAUUCGCUCUGUUCUUGAUGGCUAUAAUGUAUGUAUAUUUGCAUAUGGUCAAACUGGAUCCGGGAAAACACAUACAAUGACAGGACCAAAGGAUCUUACAGAGAACAGUCGAGGAGUUAAUUAUAGGGCAUUAAGUGACUUGUUUCUUCUCGCAGAACAGAGGAAAGAUACCCUUCAAUAUGAUGUCUCUGUUCAAAUGAUUGAGAUUUAUAAUGAGCAAGUUCGGGAUCUGCUUGUUACCGAGGGUUUAAACAAAAGAUUAGAAAUUCGUAACAAUUCUCAGAAUGGAUUCAAUGUUCCAGAUGCUAGCCUGGUUCAUGUUGCAUCAAUGUAUGAUGUUAUUGAUUUAAUGAACCUUGGGCAACGAAAUCGUGUUGUCGGUGCAACUGCUCUCAAUGAUCGUAGCAGUCGCUCCCACAGUUGUUUGACUGUACAUGUCCGAGGGAGAGAUCUAACAUCUGGAGCUGUUCUCCGUGGUUGUAUGCAUUUGGUUGAUCUAGCAGGGAGUGAAAGGGUGGACAAAUCUGAAGCGACUGGAGACAGAUUGAAAGAGGCACAGCAUAUCAACAAAUCUCUUUCAGCAUUAGGAGAUGUGAUUUCAUCUCUUGCCCAAAAGAAUUCACACGUGCCUUACAGAAACAGCAAACUUACUCAGCUACUUCAAGAUUCACUUGGAGGGCAGGCAAAGACACUGAUGUUUGUUCACAUAAGCCCAGAACUGAAUGCUGUUGGAGAAACACUUAGCACACUUAAGUUUGCUGAGCGGGUUGCAACUGUCGAACUAGGUGCAGCGCAAGUACAUAAAGAUAGUUCAGAUGUAAAAGACCUCAAGGAACAGAUUGCCAAUCUCAAGGCGGCUCUGGCAAAGAAAGAAGAGGACCAAGAGGGCAUACAACAUAAAGUAUCCGGAAGUCCAGGUUGCAAGCUACCAUCCCGUUCCCCUCAUAACUUACAUUGCACAGAUUCCUACCCUGAGCCAAAGAGUCACAAGAAACCCAGGGCAGAUGUAGGCAAUACUGAGAUAGGAAAAAAAUCUAGGUUAAGGCAGAAGACACAAAGCUUUGAUUUAGAUGAAUUAUUAGCAAAUUCACCCCCAUGGCCUCCCGUAAGCAGUCCUGGCGAAACGUAUCUAGAGGAAGAUAGAGACAUGAACUCUGGUAACUGGGUUGAUAAGGUAAUGGUAAACAAGCAAGAUCUUGCACGCUGCUGGGAAGCAGAAAAUGCUGUGAUUUCUGAUACAUUUUACCAAAAGUAUGUCCUGGAUUCUUCCAAAUUAUAUUCGGAACAGACCUAUACCACAUUUGAAGGUGGAAAUGGCUAUGACAUUGCGACUACUGAUGGUGUGGAUGAACUUGAUGCUGCCACUAGCGACUCAUCUGAACCUGAUCUGCUUUGGCAAUUCAAUCAAUCUAAACUUCCGACAAUGUCAAGACUUAACAACUCGAAUGCAAAGGUAGCAAAGACAACAAAGACCCCAGAUCAAAGCAGAUCAACAAUUCCGAGACUUGGGCUUUCACCUUCUCAGAAAGUAACCAAUCUUAGUAGCCACCCUCAGGCUCCACAGCGAGGUGGGAGGCUUGUAACUGCUGUUGAAAUGAAGAAGAGAAAUGGGAACAGGAAGUAGCAGUGAAGGAUAACAUUCCUUGGUUUUUUAUUUUAUUUUAUUUUUUUACAUUUUUUCCACAUAGAGAGUGAGUGAGUGAUGAGAGGGCUUACAUACAAGUUAAAUGUUGAUUAUUAUUAUUUUUUUAUAUAUUUUUGGUUUCAUGAAAUGUGAGAUACAUGUAAAUGCCGAAACAAUACUAGUUGUUUGUAUCUGUUUGCUACUGAGGUCAUCUUGACCAAAAAAAAGAAGAGAAAAGCCUAUAUUAUUCA